GCUGAUUCAUAACAUCACGGAACUUAUAACCAAAUUGAUAACCAAACUCGCUUGAACGGAUCGGUAAAUACCAAUCCAAAAUGGUAAAUUCCAUUGUCAUUUGGUUAUUCGCUUGAAUUUGAUUUUAUUUUACACACUUCUCAGGCUUCAGUCUUAUGUGUUUUGUGCGCUUCACCCUCGUACACAGGUGGUACAAAGUGAACACGUUAAAGAAUGUGGAACUCUAUAUUUUUAGACGGGCGUUUUGACCUUGACGUUUCUGUCAUAUCUCAAAAUUUGUGUUUUGACUUUUCGAUUUGGAAGCGGCCACUGUCGUGUCAAUUUUAACGAUAAAAAGCAGGAAACUGGUGGAAGAUAAUUUGAAUAUUGUAAUUUCUUUGCAUAUUCAAUACAAGGUGAAGAGGCGUACCAUUUCUUCACAAACUGAUGUGAACUUAUCAGUGGCAGGAUUUGGAAAUACGUUGAAAUACUUUUAAAGGGUGUGUGAAUGUAUGUUUUACAAUGUUACAUCUAUUUAUGUUGCUGAUAUAAUGGAUUCAAACAAAUUUCCUGCUAAAAGUGUGCCAGCCAACAACGGGGAUAAUAAUGAUGAACCUUAUCCAAGCCUGUCAGACUUCCACGAUUAUGAACCAAAUCUGGAGUUUGAUGACUCGGAACUUCAUCAAACUCCUGAUGUUAUCGCUCAAACAGCUGACCUGAUAACAAUGGAAUCAAAUGGGGGUGUAAGCUCACCAAUAUGUGAGUUUACAGAAGACAAUUUUGAAGAAGAGCUGGCAGAGGCAUGUGAAGAGAGCUUUGAUAGUCUUAUGUUCUGCUCCACAUCAUAUCCAGAAGUUGGUGACACACCACCUGAAAAAUUCCAUGAAAUAUCAAGGUAUGGGAUAGUAGAUGUUAAAGGAGAUGAUGCAGUUGGAAGGAAAAUAAUUGUUGUUUAUGCCUGUAAGUUACCACCCAUCAAAGAAAUAGACCAUGGGCUAUUGCUUAGCUAUCUGAAGUAUACCCUAGAGAGUUAUGUGAAACAAGAUUACAGUCUCGUUUACUUCCACUAUGGCUUGACCAGCAAAAAUAAGCCUUCACUUGGGUGGUUAGUUCAGGCAUACAAAGCUUUCGACAGAAACUACAAGAAAAACCUGAAAGCUUUGUAUUUGGUUCACCCAACAUCCUUCCUAAAGAUUGUCUCACAGAUCUUCAGGCCUCUAAUCAGUGCCAAGUUCGGUAAGAAGUUGAAUUAUAUUAAUAGACUGAAGGAGUUGAAUGAACUUAUGCCUAUUGAGAAGCUGGAUAUUCCUGAAGACGUCAUUGAACACGAUAAGAAGUUGGGCGGAGAAGUACCACUAUCAACUGCUGUGGACCAUGUAGACGAGCCAAGUCUACCAACACAACAAUUUGGCGUGACAUUGCCAUUCAUCAGGGAUUACUACAAGUCUGUUUUACCUCCUGUCGUAAAGCAGUGUGUCGAAUAUCUGGACCAACCUGACGCACUGGAAACAGAAGGGCUAUUCAGGCGAUCCGCAAAUGCGGUGAAGGUUAGAGCUCUGAAAGAAGCCGCUAAUAGAGGCGAGAAACUAGUUUUUGAGGAUCCCCACGAAGCUGCAGUGUUACUCAAGAAAUUUUUGAGGGAACUGAAGGAACCAUUGCUGACGUACGAGCUCUACGACGAAAUUGUGCAGUUCCAAAGUUGGAAUAAAGAUGAACAACUUAGACUAGUUUCAAUAUUAGUAAUGGAAAAGCUGCCCGAGGAUAAUUACAAAGUACUCAAAUAUAUCAUCAAUUUUUUGUCUAGGGUUAUGGAGCGUUCAGACUUGAACAAAAUGAAUGCCCAAAACUUGGCGAUUGUAUUCGGUCCGAACUUGGUGUGGUCCGAACUGGUCUCCAUGUCUCUGGCUGCAAUUGGCCCCAUCAACAUGUUCACCCAGUUCCUGCUGGUACAUCAAAAUGACAUUUUUAUGAUAUAGAUACAUAUGCUGUGAUCAGAUUAAUCUGUUAGAUUCCAUGUAAUGAACUGUGUAGGGAUUAACGAUGUACGAAAUUGUGAGAAUUGCUUGUCGGCAAAUUGCUUUAGUCAGUGAUUAACUAUUACUUAUUGUAUUCAAAACACUAUUGUUACAUAAAGAUUGAGAUGUGACAAGAUUGCCUAAUGGACGUUCUUCGCAUUAAUUGUUGGGGGAACUAAAAAUGUGAAAUAUUCUCGAAAUUUUCCCAUUUUGCGUUUAUGUAAAACGUUUUUGAAUCCUUCAAAAGGAUCAUUUCGUGAACAAACAGCUUGUUUUGCAGCCUAAAAUUACUGUUUUAUCAUGGGGCCGCAAUGAAUGAAAAGUCCUAUAAAAAAUCAUUAGUAUUCAAUUUUCUGAUCUUGUGGGUUCAUAUGUUUUAACAGUUCGUAUAUUCAUGAACCAUACAGACACAAGGUGCACCCUGUUAGCAGCAUUGAUAGCCAAAACUCUUCUAGCUCUAUCCAAUCUAACCAAAUCGGUGACACCACCGAUUAACCUCACCUAUUGACACCUGCAUGGAGUCAAUAUACCUUUAGAAACUACGGCAAUGCUGUUUGUGCUGUAAAAACCACCCCGAAACUUGACGCCUCGAGUACCAGUGGAGCUCUGACAGGGUUGUCAACACGUUCAGCUACAAAACGAGUUCACAACAAGUGUACAACAACUUCUGCUGAGUUAACAUCUUGUAGAAAAACCUACGUUAUGUCACAAAAAAUCUACGAAAUGUCGAAAAAAACAAAGAUACGUAAUAACCGUGCCGGUUGCCAUGUUAAGUGAUUUUCCCCCAAAUUUGGGGGAUUUAUACUUGGGGAAUUUUUUGGGGAUAUAAUGUUCUGGGGGAAGUUGCUCUUUGAACCAAACCUACUCAUUUGCGUUAAUUGACUGUGAUUUGGGGGAUUUUUUUUUGAAAAAGUAUCAAUACUGAGGGAUUUUCGUGCUUGUUCUGGGUAAAUUCUGCCCGACCCAUCUGGCAACGCUGUACUUGGGAGAUUGGCCAUAUGAACACUUCCCUUAGUCUAAGAGUCCUCCCACUUGAAUCUGUCGGUUUGUUUUUUUUUAUAAAACUUGAUUUUCAUGAAUGAUAAAAUAGAUCUGUUCUACUAAUACCAUCCAUCAACGCCACCUGGACGUGAUGGGGGUGGCUGAAGAUCCCUUAUGUGAGGGCUGCGCGGUAGAUGAAGAGACAUCGGCGCACGUUCUGUGUCAGUGCAAAUAAUUAUAUUUUUUAUAUGUAAUUGAGAAAAUGAGUUUUUAGAGUAUUUUUCCGGUGAAAGCCAUUCUGCAAAUUUAGUGUUAUACACUCUGGACAAUCCCCAAACGAUUUAUAAAGAAGUCCAUUAGACGAUUAACAAUGUACCACUAAUAUAGAACUGAAAUACAAGCUUGAGAAUAAUAGUUUUAAGCAGUAUAAAAGUAAAUUACUAAUCAACAAUUUGACAUGUUAACAAGUGAUAACGAAUAAAAUGAAAUUUAACAUUGAUAUAAUGAACCAUGCACCUAUUACAGUUUGUUUCAUACAUUGUUAGUUCCUUGUGUAUAUUCCUGUUGUACAAAGAUGCAAUGCAAAUAGUGGUCAUAGUAGCGCAUAGCGCCAUUGUAAAAUAUAUGUUGCCUGUGUAUGGCGGUAAAAUUCAUUUUCAUUUGAUAUUGUAGCCCGACGUAUUCAUUUGUUUUCUGUACUUUAUAUUCAUCAUUUCAAUUCAAUGGAGAGUCAACCUCAAGAUGUGACAACAAGUUACAACGAUUUUAAAUCAUGUUUUAAUUUGUAGUGUGCAAUGCUUCACAUUCAGGCCUUGUACAUGUGUUGAUUUUGUUUCAUGUCUAUUUUCUUUUGAGCUUUACUAAAAUAUUUCACUUAUUCUUGUCAAUAUCUAAACCUAAGCUGCAUCAACAAUACAAACAACAUACUUUUAGAUUACAGGCAGCUUCAGCUAUACUAAAUAUUUUUGACAGCAUCAUUUAGUUGGCGGCACGUGUUUAAAUGUAUUAACAAUUCGUUUUUUUUUUAUUUAUCUUUUAUUUUCAACAUGAUAGAAAAACUCUGAUAGUUGGAUUGCUACUUAAAUUAAUUUAUAUCUGCUCAAAAUACGUAACAAGGAGUCGUUGACAUUUCGUUUUUUCUUGUUUUAUGACCUCCUGAGGUCACACUUCAGGACGCACAAUUUUUGUGUCACCAUAGAGUGUGUGUGGUUCCUAUUGCAAGUGCAGCUUUGGGUUUUGUAUCUUAUGUUACUAAAUUUAUUAGUCAUUGUUAAAUAUAUCGAACUGAUGUCCUGCUAAUUUCCAGAUACAGGAGAUUUGUAAGAUAUUUAGCUUAGCCCUCAAAUAGUUACGUAAAAUAUAGAUUACGUUGUCACUAGCUUAAAUUAUGCGCACUAACUUCUGGAGUAUAGCUUUGACAACAACAUUGAUGAGGGUAGGGCAUGCCCAACAAUCAUUAAUACGUAACUGCCUUGAGGAAGAUCAUUUUUCAUCUAUAUUUAUGUCAGGUAUUUUGAUGAUGAUCUCUGCAAAAUUGAAAACGUGUGUGUUCCAGUUUGUGUUUGUGGAUCAAAAUACUGGCCUUCUAGCUAUAAGCACCUCUGAAGAGCUAUUCAGAGAAAUCCAAAUAUCACUGACGAGGUAAUGUACACCAGAGAAAAGCGUGCACUAAGUAUGUUGAAAAGAGUGCCCCCAUUGCAACGUGGCAAUCCGCAGGCCCCGUGGCCCCGUCACUCGAGUUGCUAUCUUUAACAUACAUAUUCCACUCUUAUCGUGCUUCUCUCUCGUACACAUUACGACGUCAGUGGUAUAUGGAUUUAUCUGUAGGAGAUCUAUGUAUAUUUUAACAGCUAGUCUCAGUGAACAUAUGUAAAUGGGCUCUGAAGCUGUGUGAUCAAGUGGUUUAUGCAAGGUAAACAUAACAUUAUUACCUAUAGCAUAUACACACUCAUACCUAUUAUAAAUGAAGUUUUAGAGGAGAAAAAUAUUUAUACCGCAAUUUUUAUCAGUCCAUACCGCAUCAUUGUAUAUAGAGUAAGAUUGUAUAGAAAUGCAAUUUAUAUUUACAUGUAUUUACACAAAUGUAGUUUAACUACUAUAUACAACCAUGACUAAGGCUUAUAUUUUUCUUGGAAAGUCAUUGAAGCUAAAAAAAGCUGUUUGCAUGCAAAACCGAUAGUACUAUGGUGCAAAAGAUCCCAUUUUUGAUGACCCAUUGCUACUUCGUAGAUUUGCAAUCUUACCCUUUGUUGUACGACUAACAUAUUAUGCUAAAUUCUAAAUCAAAUAUUAUUGUAAACAAAAUCCUUUCAUACUAUAAGUCAGAAGGAAAUUAUUCAUAAUACAUGCUCAGUUGAUCUCUGAAUCAGACCAGGUAAUACUGUUUUAACACCACCCCACGCCAGAGAGAUCCCCAGUCUUCAGUUGCAGUGAUACUGAUUCACCAUGCACAUCAGAAAGUCCAAAAUAUCCUAUUAUACAAAAUGUUUUUAUCUAUAUUUGUUCGUCUUAUACUCGAUAAAUAUGAGCCUUGUACAAAACUUGUUAGUAGAUGGAAAUAGACUGAAAUUUUUUAUUUUUGCAUCUACUUAUGUGGUGGAUAAAUUAGUCAAAAUACCAAAGAACUAUGUUUUUUUAGCUGCAUUUGAUACUACGUCAACCCAAAAUUACUCCACAUCGUUUUUCAUUUCCUUAGGAAAGUUAGAGAUUUAUCAAUGUUAGGUACCUUUUAUACUUCUGUAAUUUAUGUUGAUAGUAUUUUGAGGGAAAUAUUCUUUUGAUUUUCUACCUCCUUCAAAGAUUCCAUAAAAAAUAUUUUUGUAUCUUUAUUUUUCAGCUAACUCUUAUUUCACUUGUAUAAUUAAAUACAAAUAAAUACAAUAUUUAUACUCAUA